AUGAAAAUUACAUUCUUCGGAUAUGCUUUGGGAACAAUUGGAGGAGGACUUGGAAGUGCCAUCACAGCAUUCUUUCCUUCAUCAAAUUCCAAUAGUUCAGUUGUCAAUAAUCAGACAACAACAAGUCAAUUUUAUGACACAUUUUCAUAUGGAAUCAAUUCACCAAAAGAACACUGGUUUAAUAAUGCUAUCGAGCCUCUCUUUCCCACUCAAAAUAUCGAAAAUUUGCAUUGUAUCUUUUCCACAGGAAGCAAAUCUUUAAAACUUGUGGAAAAUUUGCAAUUGGAAAAAAUCAAAAAGUUGCAAAAUUGCUUUAAAAAUUCUAAAAAUUUGCAAUUUUCCAACUUUAUGGCUUUCACUGCUACUGCUAGUAAUGCAACAACAUCCAAUUCGACAACCAAUGCAACAACAACAUUCGAUUUGGGAACUAGUAUCAUGCAAGGUCUUUAUUCAGCCUCUAUCUUCAUUGGUGGUUUAUUUGGUUGUAUGUUUGCAAUGGCUUCAGGUCCACUUCUUGGACGAAAGAUUUCCAUUCUCUUGUGUUGCAUCAUUUCAGUGAUUGGUAGUGUUGGAGGAGCUGCAUCUUUUACUUGGGCAUCUUUAAUUGUGUUCAGGUGUAUUCUGGGUUUUGGUGCUGGAAUAGAAUUUGUAUGUUCUGUAGCCACCGCUGUUUGUUCAGUUUAUUGUGCAGAGCUAAUGCCAUACGCCAAGUAUCAGGGUGUCCUCGGAGCCAUGUUUAAUAUGGGCAUUUCACUUGGAACGACAGCUGGUUACGUUUUUGGUGCAAUUUUCGUUCGUUCGAGUGAAAUGUGGCGUGCUGUUCAUGCAUUUGAUAAUUUAUUUGUCAUUCCAUUGUUUUUCAUUGUCUUGUUUGUGAUUCCAGAGUCGCCAAUGUUUAUUCAUGGUGGAAAUCAUCAGCAACACGGAGAAACAAGUAAGGAGAAUUCGAAAGGAAAAGAACUUGUUGAAACAACAGCAAAAUAUACGAAAGAGAGUAUUCCAGAGAAGGAAAUUGAAAAAGCUGAGAAGAAACAGAGCACCAUGUCCACUCUUGCUGCAUUCAAACGUUUAUUCUGCUCAAAGGCCAUUCGAGGAACCAUCUUGGCUUGUUUCGGAUGUUUUGCAUUGGAAUGGACUGGUAUUCAGAGUGCAACCAUGUUUUUACCAAGUUUGAUUGAAUCUGCUGGUGUUUCUGAUCCAUUGAAUCAACAGCUUGCUUCAUUUGGUAUUGCAGUUUGGCAAAUCUUUUGCAUUUUCCCAACAAUUUUCUUAAUUGACCGUUUGGGAAGAAAGCCAAUUAUCAUUUUUGGAUUCACUUUGAGUUUAAUUAUGGAUUUGGCUUGUGGUUUCAUCUUCCAAUUUGGACAAGAUGGAAGUGAUUACAAAAUCAUUCUCUGCAUUCUUUUCAUUUGUUUGUAUCUGAUUGGUUUCCAUUGUGGUAUUGGUUCUCUCGGUUACAUUCUGGCUCAUGAAGUUUUCAAUGGAGAGAAUGAGAAGGUCAUUGUUAUUGGAACUUCAAUGGCAACAUUGAUUAUGUGGUCAACUACAAUUGUUCUUUCACUCUUCUUUAUUCCAGUCGUCACUUUGACUAAUCAAGCUGUUCCUUGGUUUAUAUUUGCUGGUAUUUCAUUAAUUGGAUUAUUUUUAUACAUUUUCCUUUUACAGGAAACAUCUCCAACUGUUCUUGCUAAACGAGCUGAAAAGAAGAUGAAGAAUCCAAAACCUGAACCAGAAGGAAUUUCAACUUCAGACCUCGCCAAAUCCACCAAUAGCGAUGAAAUUAAUAAUGUCGCUUUGAAUCAGUAA